UGUUAUCGAUUAUCCCUCCCGUCUCUCGUCCUUCCUCAUAACUGAUAAGAAGCAGAUGACCUCGGUCCCGCGCGCGAAACAUCUCCUCGCGCCCGUCCAGCCUGCAAUGAAGCGCACAAAACCGAGCCCGACCCAGGCGCCUCCCGCGUUCGCCUUCCCGGCCUCGCCCACGCUCUCCCAGGCCUUCCUCGCCGACCAGUAUGCUCUUCCGUACAGCUCCUACAUGGACCUCGCCCAGCUCGUCCACGAGCCUCCCCUCGUCCAGGCCUCCCGCACCGUCUACCUCGGCAACGUGCCCUCCGAGACCACUGCCGAAGAGCUCCUCUCCCACGUCCACUCCGGCCCGGUAGAGUCCGUUCGCAUGCUUCCCGAGAAAAACUGCGCUUUCGUCUCCUUCCUCGACGUCGCCUCGGCCUCCCAUUUCCACUCGGACGCUAUCCUCCGCAAGCUCUCCAUUCGCUCCCAGGACAUCAAAGUCGGCUGGGGCAAGCCCUCCGCCGUCCCCAUGAACGUCGUCCUCGCCGUCCAGCAGUCCGGCGCCAGCAGAAACGUUUAUCUCGGAAACCUGCCUGAAGAUAUCUCCGAGGACGACAUCCGCGAGGACCUCGGUCGCUUUGGUGCAAUUGACACAAUCAAGUUAGUCCGUGAGAAGCCAAUCGGCUUUGUUCAUUUCUUGUCCAUCGCUUCUGCUAUAAAAGCUGUUCAGCAGCUUCCGCAGGAGCCAAAGUGGGCCAACCGCAAAGUAUUCUACGGCAAAGAUAGAUGUGCCUAUGUCUCAAAAACUCAGCAGCAAAACGCUGCCCAAUUUCUCGGCAUUACUCCCGGUUACGAGCACCUGGUUGCCUCAGCUGACCGCGACGUAAUCUCCAACGCGCUCGCGCAACAAUCCGCUGCCGCCGCCGCCGUCGCAACCACCGCCGGCGGCAUGGCCAACCUCGGAAACCGCACCGUGUACCUGGGCUCGAUCCAUCCCGAGACCACUAUCGAGGAGAUUUGCAACGUCAUCCGUGGCGGCCUGCUCCAUCAGAUAAGAUACAUCCCCGACAAGCACAUAUGUUUUGUCACCUUUGUCGACCCCACCGCCGCCGCCCAGUUCUUUGCAAUGUCAAACGUCCAGGGCCUAAUGAUCCACUCGCGCCGGCUCAAAAUCGGCUGGGGUAAGCACUCCGGCCCACUGCCGACCGCGAUCGCGCUCGCCGUCACAGCCGGCGCUUCCCGCAACGUCUACGUCGGCAACAUCGACGAGACCUGGACCGAGGACCGGCUCCGCGCCGAUUUCUCGGAAUACGGCGAAAUCGAGCUCGUCAACACGCUCCGCGAGAAAUCCUGCGCGUUCGUGAACUUCACAAACAUCGCAAACGCAAUCAAGGCGAUCGAAGGCAUCAAGCAAAAGGAAGAGUACCGCAACUUCAAAAUCAACUUUGGCAAAGACAGAUGCGGAAACGCGCCCAGACCUCUCAACGUCGGCGGCAACCACUCAAAUCAGCACUCGCACCACCUCGCCAACGGCGCGGCCGACGACGGUCACCCGUCCCCCGCCGCCGUCGCCGUCGCCCCCGCGGUCGUCGUCGAGGAACCCCCGGUCGUCGUCACUCCCUCACCUCUAGUCGAGAUGCCGACCUCAAGCUGAACGCCCGGCUUCUCUGCACCUUUUCCCCGCCUACCUUAUCCCCCUCCCUCUCUCUCUCUCUCUUUUUCCAGUUCACAUACGCCGUCGCAGCGUGCGUUUCGCUCAGUCUUUUUCUUCCGAUAAUUUCUGCUUGCUUGCCUUGCUCAUCCUGUUUCUCGUUGUUCUUGCCGCCGGAUCGCAUCUCAAACACCAGUGUUUAUUCAUGCAUCCUCAAGCUUGUUCUCAAUAAUUUUCCUAUAGAAUCUACAUUCUUCUCAAGCGGUUGACCAUGCAUAUCCUGCCUGAUCAAUCACGUCGCAAGACUGCGCCUUGAGAGUGUAUUUACCUAGACUUUUUUUGUCCUCUUUUGUUUUCAAUUG